UAGCCCAAUACAGAUUGUUGUUAAACUACAAGUCUACAAGCUCUCUGUGUCUCUGAGCAUGGCGUUAGAAGCCUACGCAUCGCAAAACCCUGAUAAAGUCUAUGUCGACGUCCUCGCUGAAGCUAGAAAAGCUUGUUAUAAGGCACGUGACGCGUUCUACUCUUGUUUGGAGAGGGAAUCAAACAAAAGGCCUACCGAACUCGCAUCGGUCGGGCUGCUCUACCCAGUGGAAUGCAAGAAGCGUCGGGAUGAAUAUGUCAAACAAUGUCGACCCACUUGGGUGAAGCAUUUCGAUAGGCAGUAUUGUGCUAAUAAAAAGAGGCUUUUGGAUGACAAUGAUUCCAGAAGAGGGGUGUGAAGCUUGGUCCAUGUGGAAGAGGGGAAUGGAAUCUUUUAUUGGUUAUGCGGGUAACUUAUAGGGUGUUUAUUGUACCAAACAUUUUUAAUUAUCAAUUAAGAUGGAGUUUUUUUAUGGCUUAUAAGCUUGCUGCACCAAUAUUAUGGAAUUUGUCAGUAAUUAAAAUUCAAAAGUAUAUUGCACUUGGUGAAAUGUACUUCAAGCAUGAAGAAAGAAAAUUUUCAUCUUGGUGGUUUUUUUUGUUUUUUUUCGAUAAGUCAGAUUUCGGUCUUGGUGGUGUUUUCUUUACUUGAAUGAUCAUGUAGUUUGCAUAUUAUGCACAUUAUUUAUUUCUUCAGUGAUCUCCACUUUUUAAAUACUUGAGAUGGUUUAGUUUGAUGUGUGAAUGCUUGUUUGUGCAUCAGUUAUAUCACUGUCUUCUGUGUUUGCACAUAGAUGGGUAGAUAUCUGUAAAGAAAUUUCCCAUCUUCUAUGUUCGUAUGUCAAAAUUAAUUUAUUAGUCCAAACCAAUGGUGACACAAAUUGAAAAGUGAGAGUUUGUCAUGUGUGACAUUCAAAAUGGUGCGAAAUUAAGGGGUUAUGUAUUUGGCUAUUUGCCAUAGCCCUGUAUUACUCUACAGAUUCCUGAAAUAUGAUGAGCGAAACGAGAUUCCUCAUUACUUUUAGUAGUCCAACUUAGUGAAUCAAAAUCCCAUAUGGAGGAUGAAGGAAGCAAAAGAGAAAGAGAAGAAGAGUAGAUCUCUUCACAUAAAGGGCAAAAGAUGGUAGCAAUGCUUAAAAGUUUUGUGUCAAAGACUCAAAGUACCAUAAAAAAGUCAAAGACAAACUGGACAUUAUGCUACAGUUUUGCUUCACGUGAACUCUGCUUAGUUAAACAUGAAUUAAUAAGCUUAGGGCUUCUAGUGAAGUGGCGAUCCAUGCGUUGGAAUGGAAUCUCUUGAAAUUUAACUUUUAUGUUUUGCUACCAUGAAGUAAGUUUUGUGAUCUAGAUGUGAACCAAUGUUAUGCGUUUUCUCCACAUUAUGUGUAUAGCUAAGUCACACAAAGCGAGAGCGAGAACGUGAGAGCAUCAAAGUCUAGAAUUCUUCGAGAGUGGGAGCGCCUUUAGAGUAUGUACUUAUUCCACUUGUUACAUUGUCAUUUUUAUUUAUUAAACACCAUUUGUUGUUAAUUUUUUAAUAUAUGACUAUUUAAAAGAUAUGAGUAGUAAUUAAAUAUGAUGAAGUAGUACUUACAUUUUUUAAUUGUGUUUAAUAUAUCAAAAACAAAUAGUUACUCAGUUGUAGAUACUCUUAGUUUUUAUAUACUAUGUCAUGGGUUCAAUCCCCAACCCAUGCGGAAGUGGCUACUUUUUAGUGCAUGAUUCACCCAAACAGCAUGUGUGCACACGAAUUGCCGCAAUCCGCGGAUUCUAAAAUGGAAUUCGCAAAUCCAAAAAAUUGAGUUUGUGAAUUUGGAGCAAAUCCGCACAUGGAGGGUAGAGCGAUGACCCAGAUUAAUGAAUUAUGUGACUUAGGUGUAAUAGUAUCUUCAUGUUCAUUUUAUCUUCCAAAUAUGACAAAUCUUAAAACAUUAAGACACUUACACAACGAGUAAUGAAUAAAUAUUUUUAUAUAUGUUAUUUUAUAUUAUAAGGCUAAUAUUGUUUUCCUUCAAAAUAAGAAUAAAAAAGAAAACAACAACUAAUGAAGUUACAACCAUAGUUUUCUCUUUUAAAAAGUAUAAAGAAGAGAGACUGGGUUGAGUCCCUUUAUAAUAUUUGUUGUAAACUAAAUCCAGAACUAAACAAAAGAUUAUAGUUGUAUAAAGAAUGAAUGAAGAGAGAGAGAGAGAGAGAGAGAGAGAGAGAGAAUUGGUCGAAGUAGAAUUUCUAUACCCUUUUCUUUAACUAGGUUUUUGUUGAAGAAAAGGGAAGAUAAUUCUAUUAAGAAAGAAUCUAUAGAGAAAGAGUGGAACUUAUGAUAGGAAGAAGAGGACAAAAAGAAAAAAGAAGAUGAUUUAUUAAAGAAGAAGAAGAAGAGG